CAGACGUCCCAACAGCUCCCGGAGUGAGAGCCCGGAGAGGCGGCCGGACCUCCGAGUCCCCGCGCUCCGGACAGAAUAAACGACGGAGCUAUGAUAGCGACUGGUGGAGUGAUAACCGGCCUGGCCGCCUUGAAAAGGCAAGACUCUGCCCGAUCACAGCACCAUGUCAGCCUCAGCCCCUCACCUGCUGCCCAAGAGAAGAAACCAGUCAGGCGUCGGCCAAGGGCUGAUGUCGUGGUUGUUCGAGGCAAAAUCCGGCUUUAUUCCCCCUCCGGUUUCUUCCUCAUUUUAGGAGUGCUUAUCUCCAUUGUUGGAAUUGCAAUGGCAGUCCUUGGAUAUUGGCCCCAAAAAGAACAUUUUAUUGACGCUGAGACCACAUUGUCCACAAACGCAACUCAGGUCAUUCGGAACCAAAGUGGCGUGGUGGUUCGCUUCUUUGAGCAGCAUUUACAUUCUGAUAAGAUGAAAAUGCUUGGCCCCUUCACCAUGGGGAUUGGCAUUUUCAUUUUCAUUUGUGCUAAUGCCAUUCUUCAUGAGAACCGUGACAAAGAAACCAAAAUCAUACACAUGAGGGACAUCUAUUCCACAGUCAUCGACAUCCACACGCUAAGAAUCAAGGAGCAAAAGCAUAUGAAUGGCAUCUACACGGGUCUGAUAGGAGAAACGGAAGUAAAACAGAAUGGGAGCUCCUGUGCCUCGAGACUGGCAGCGAAUACCAUUUCCUCUUUCUCGGGUUUUAGGAGCAGUUUUCGGAUGGACAGCUCUGUCGAAGAGGAUGAGCUUGCGCUAAAUGAAAAUAAGAGUUUGGGGCAUCUUAUGCCACCUUUGCUCUCUGACAGCUCUGUCUCUGUCUUUGGCCUGUAUCCAUCUCCUUCCAAGACAACUGAUGAUAAGACGGGUGGCUCUAAGAAAUGUGAAACCAAGUCAAUUGUGUCGUCAUCCAUCAGUGCUUUUACAUUGCCUGUGAUCAAACUUAAUAACUGUGUUAUUGAUGAGCCCAGUAUAGAUAACAUCACCGAGGAUGCUGAGAACCUCAAAAGUCGGUCGAGGAAUCUGUCUAUGGAUUCCCUUGUGGUCCCUUUGCCCAACACCAAUGAGUCCUUCCAGCCAGUCAGCAUGAUGCUCCCUCGGAAUAAUUCCAUUGGGGAGUCAUUGUCUAGUCAGUACAAGUCCUCUGUGGCCCUUGGACCUGGGGCUGGACAGCUCUUGUCUCCUGGGGCUGCUAGAAGACAGUUUGGGUCCAACACAUCUUUGCAUGUGCUCUCAUCACAUUCAAAAUCCUUAGACUUAGACCGAGGUCGCUCCACCCUAACUGUUCAGGCAGAACAGCGGAAACAUCCAAGUUGGCCUCGGUUGGAUCGAAGCAACAGCAAAGGAUAUAUGAAACUGGAGAACAAAGAGGACCCGAUGGAGAGGUUGCUUGUGCCCCCAACUGCAAUCAAAAAAGACUUUACCAAUAAGGAGAAGCUGCUUAUGAUCUCAAGAUCUCACAAUAACUUGAGUUUUGAACAUGAUGAGUUUUUGAGUAACAACCUAAAGCGGGGAACUUCUGAAACAAGGUUUUAAUGUUAAAAAAUAUAUAAUUUUACAAGGCUGUAUAUUUUAAAACUAUUUUCAUCAGUGUUUCCUUGUUAAAGCUUUGGUGAUAAGCAUUUUUAAUCAAAUGGUUCAUAGUGUAUUUGACCUGGCUGCUUAAUUCUGCAAUGGAGAUAGUUACAUGUUUGGGUUACUAAGAUUGUAGUACUCUAUGUUAUCAUAUAUGAUUUUAUUUUUUCCAUUCCUUUGAAAGCAUGAUCUGAAUUAAAGUUUAUUUUCUUUACUUUCAUGUUCUCGUUGAUGGUCAUAUUCAUAGAAUAAAGUGUCCAGUUUGGAAAAGGUAGGGAACCAAAGUGUGGGCUAGAAGUACCAAUUUCAGGCCCAAACCUCAAUAUAGUAUACUUGUAAAUGAGUAGGAGUGCAAAUCUUAGGUGUGCUUUUCUGAAUAAUUGCUUUUAUGCAGGAUUGAUUAGACUAUUUAAAAGGAAAAAGGUCCAGCUUCUGUGAGAGCCAAAUGAUAUGAAUUGUUUUAAUUCUGUGUGAGCUAAUGGAUAUGAAUUGGUUAAGUUGGUAGGUAGGUAUUUUUUCAACAUCAGUUCUAUUUUAGUGAUAUUUUAUCAAGAAACCAUGUAUUCAAGAGCCAUGGCUGAGAAUGUGAGAUAGUUUUAGUGGUAGAUGAUAGAAAAUGUUACUAGCUAUAUCUUUAGAUAUCCAGAAUUGAAAUUUCUUUGCAACCGACUUGAAAAAUGAAUGGACCAAUUAAGUUUUUAGUAAUGCUACCUUAAAAUAAUAAUAUACAUGAAGAGAAUGUUGAGUAAUGAAUGAAAAUAUAUUAUAUGCUAGUUAAUGUUAACUAGUCUCAGUACCUUUUACUAAUCAUCUCUAUUAUCAUCUAGUAUCCACUCAUUCUCACAUCCUUAUUUCUCCCCAAUAUUUUUUAGAUCCUAUUAUUUGGAAAAAAAUCAGCUAACCUUGACAUUUAUUUUUAUCUUCACAUAUCACUAGCUUGGUGGUUUAAGAAAAUUCAGUCCUUGAUAAAUUGCCUUGAAAUUUAUCUUGUGCUGGAAAGCCUUAUGAUGACUCCAAAGACUCUCUUAUGGUAUAAUACAUUUUGGGGAUUGUGGUUCUCAGUUAUCGAAGAUAAUAAAUAUUAAAAUGGGUGUUUCCACCAGAAAAUUUUCAUGUUUUCCAUUAAAGUAAUAUAUAAUUUUAAGAAUUGGUUAGUGGAAGACUCAGGAAACUUGACAGGUUUUCCCCAAUGCCUAAACAUUUCUGAAUAUCAGAUUUGCAGUUGUUGUGGAAGAAGAGAAGAUAUCUUUGCAGGUUCCCGCAGUUUCAUCAUGAACUUGAAGUACAGUAUUGUUAGAACAUCAAACCUGUGUAUUGUAAUAGAGUG